GUUUUCAAAGAUAACAAAGCAAAUGUAUCACCUCAAAGAAGUUAUGUGUUGCUAACAAGAGCUUUUCAAUCCUUAAAGACUUCAAUUAAAUCAAUGGCGAUGUUUACAAAUGUGAUUUUUUAAAUCUUGUGUAACAAAAUGAGCCCACAUUUGGAAGACCCACAUAUUUUUGUGACCUAUGUGUGAUGUUACAAAAAAAAGUUCCAUUCAAAGUAAAAGAAAGUGUUUAAAAAGUUCCAUUCAAAGUAAAAGAAAGACCAAUGAAUUUUGAGGUAACAUGGUACAAAAGUUCACUGUGUAACUUCAGAUUCUACAUUAUAACUAAGAAACUCCCAAUUGGCUCUCUCUCUUCAAGAAGGCAGAGCAACCUCCCCAGCAGACACAGAGAUGCAGAUCUUUGUGAAGACCCUGACUGGCAAGACCUUCACCAUCAAGAUCGAGCCCAGUGACACCAUUGAGAAUGUUAAAGCUAAAGUCCAAGACAGGGAUUUUGUGGGCAAACAGCUGGAGGAUGGCUGCACUCUCUCAAACUACAAUAUUCAGAAAGAGUCCACCCUUCACUUGGUGCUUCCUCUGCAGGGUGGCAUCAUUGACCUCUCCCUCUGCCAACUUGCCCAGAAGUACAACUGCAACAAGACAAUCUACCUCAAGUUUUGCGGCCACCUGCACCCCUGCACAAUCUAUUGCCACAAGAAGUGCGGCCACACCAACAACUUGAAGAGAAGGGUAAAUAAGGCCCCUCUACCACCUCCUCAGGCCCACAGGGCGGCCUUCUUCCUGAACCCCGUGGCCCUGGGGCCUCAAUUAAGUCUUCUUUUCCUUGACUGGAGAAGUGGGAAAAAAAACAACCAACAACAACAAAACACUCCCGAUUGUCUUGAGUUUUGGUGGGUUGUCAAUGAAUGUCCACAAUUAUAUGAAAAGAUUAUUAAAAUAUUCCUCCACAUUCCAAUUGUGUGCCUGUGUACAGCUGGAUUUUCUUCAUUUACUCCACCCAAAACAAGAUCCCAACAGAUAAAUGAAGAAACAAAUGUGAGAAUCGACCCAUCUUCUAUAAACCAGAUAAAAAAAUGUACUAAAAUGUAA